AUGGCAAGAUGCUUCGUGAUAACCACCAUCCAUCGUCUGGCUCGCCAUGGCGGUGUCAAACGUAUCUCCGGUCUGAUCCACGAGAAAACCCGAGGUGUGUUGAAGGUGUUCAUGGAAAAUCUGAUCCGUGAUGCUGUCCCCUACAAUGAACAUGCCAAGUACGAUCUGAAGCAAAACGUACAGACCGAAGACCCUCUGAAACGAAUACAGGAGGAAAUAAACGAGGUAGCUAGACGCGAGCAGGAACUACGGCAGGGCCACCAGCUAAACGAUUCCAACGAUGAUUGUCUCUCAUCGGCCAACUCGGACGAUUCCGGACUUUCGCUCUCGCCCAGCCCAGUGCACUCGCCGUCGGUGUCCAACCUGAAAGACAAAAUAGAAGCGGCAAGUAAUCAGAUAAACGGUACCAACGGCCAUGAUGCACUGCCUAACGGAAAUCGCCAAUUCAUCUUGCCCCAGUCGAAUGCGUUGACCCGUGCCCGUUCCACGCCGCAGCUCUUCCAAAUUUCACCGAACCGGCGCUUCAAUGUAAACCCAAAUCAACGUGGUAUAAUGCAAAAAUUUAUCGCUUCUCGGGGUCGACUGAACAAGCUUACGUCCAAUAACAAUAACAACAACAACAUCAGCGGUACCACUACUAAUAGCAACCUUAUAGUAAAAUCAGAGCAACACAUGUCCCCUAUAGAGUUGAACCGUACGCAUAUGAUGCUACCACCAACGGCCAUUUCCACUCCACCAGUAAUCGAGCGGGACUCCAACGGAAAACCCAUUCGGCGAGGUUAUGUUCCAGUAGAAGAAAAAAUUCAGAAGGAACUUCGUGACUUAAAGAACCGAGAAUCCGAACUUAAGCGAUUACGCAAACAACACCGAGUCGCUUCACAGUCCGAUCUUCUAGAGCUGAAAUACGACAGCGAUUCCUGUGGCGAUCUUUCCGAUGAAGAUACCAUUGACAUGACUGUGUAUCCGUCAUCCAGAAAAUUGCGAUCCACCAAAUCAAUUGGUGAGCUUUGUGAAGCACUAACACAUUCUAGUCUUUCUCCAAGGGAAACACCAUCGCCACAGUUUGAAAAUCGUCAACGUGGUAUGCGUCCGGCCAUGUCAUUAGCCCAAUUGUGUGAUCUUGACCCGCAAGAGACACCAUCUUCCCAUAAGCUGAUAGCGAAAUGGGAGACUCUUAUUCAGCAGAAACAGCAACGAUAGACUAUUGAAAGUGGUAUUUCUUUAGUUAGAUACUUUAAAUGAUAAAGUAGCCACAUUAUUAGGGUACUGUUGUUCAAAAUGAAGGUUAGAAUUGAAAAUUUAUUAUAAAAAAGGCUGUAUUUAUUUUGUUGGAUAGUGUUAACUUGCUUUGCUGGGGAAAUAUCACAAUUUGGGCCAGAAAACUUUUUUUUUGCUAAGGUACACUGGGAAAAGUGGGAUCAUCGUCAUGAACAUUUAAAAAAAAUCUGGAAAAUCCAUAAUCAUUCCGUAAGAGGAAAUGGGACGAAAAUCAUUUUUCAAAAUUUUAAAAGAAGUUUUGUCGUUUAAAACUUAAAUUCUGUUAAUAAAAAUGUGUUCACUAUGUUCCGUUUGGCAAGUAGAAUACAGUGCACACAUUUUCAUGGACUGAACUUUGGGGUUGAAUGAAUAAACAGCUAUUGAUGUUUUUUAAUGUUCUGCAUUUUUAUGAUAAAUAACAAAGGAUACGGUGAAAAAAAAUUCAAGCAACGAUUACCAUACUGUUCUUCAAUUUGAGCCCGAAUUGAAAAUGAACCAUCAGCAGCACUUGGAAUGCCAUGAGAUUAUGCACACAAUUGUUUUCGUUUAAAAAUACGCUAGGGGAAGUGCACUAGCUAGGGCACUACUCAAAAUGUGUAGGACUAGUUAUGGCAAGUACAUGGGUUUUUAAAAGGAAUAUUGAAGAUAAACAUGAAGAAUUGAGACAAUAAACCCAAUUUAUACACGACUCAAUUGUAAACUGACCCUAAACAUCUAACUGAAUGGGACUUUAUUUAUUUCUCUAAAAACGCAACUGUCUAGAACUUUCAAAAAUAAGUUUUCGACAAAGGUCAAACCGAUACUACAAUAACUGCAAAUCACAUUGUCAUUUAAAUUUAAACCUAUUUUGCAAAUUUUUAUUCACUGUCUUUUUGCUGGGACUUCGAAACAAUUCAAUUCGUACCAAAAGAUUCAAAUUUGACAAACGUAUUCCUUGUUUAGCGAGCACACAAAUUUAGAAUCGAUUUCUUGAAUCCCAAUUCACCCAGUGUUCCUGAUAAAUAUUUUCAAUAAAUCAUAAAAAUCUAUAAAAAUCGUAUGAAAAUUUACUUAUCAAAUAUGCUUUCAAUUUUCGUGCUUGUAUACUUUAUACUUUGAUUUAGAUCCCUCAUUUUAGCUAUUUCCAAACAAUUUAUUUUCUUAUUAUAAAUGUAUUUGCUAAGAUUUAUUGAACAAGAAAGUGAGAGCAUAGGUAUUUACACCAGAUUGUAAAAAAAUGUGAAAUAAUUAGCUACUAAGAUGCCAAUCUAUUUAUGAUGUUAUAGUUUAGUUACGACUUACAAGAGCGCAGUACACAUACUUCGCAAAUUAUUUUUUGAAUUUACAUUUAGAUAUCAAAUAUUGGCGUCAGUUGAUAAUCUGGUAGUAAUCAACAACGUAAUCGUGUAUCGUUAUGCUUGAUCCGAAAUUACCCUAACAGAUUUGACCAAAUAUAAACCGUGUA